UCCACUUAGGCACCUCUAAUCCUUUCUCUCUCUUUCUCUCCUUCUCCCAUCCCGUUCCAACCUACCCACUAAAGCCAAAGCCAAAGCCAAAAAUGUCCUCUCCUUCAAGCUCCUCUCACGCUGGAAAGCGCAAACGCCCGGCAACCUCGAGCGUCAAAAUGGACGACAAUCCCCUCUUGCAGCCCUCCUCGAGGGACGCAUCCGGUGAAGAAGGUGAUACUACCGCACCCGAGUCCGGAAAGCUAUUACACCGCAAGUCGGAUUCUGUUAGCAACUCGAACCCGGCCAAGCGACAACGUGCUAAUUCCGAUCGCACCUCUGCCCUCGAGACAACCGACAAUGCUGUCGAUCCCGGCGAGCCGAGCGAUACUACCGAGGCGAGCAUUGAUAUCGCCGAUCGAGUUAGUAGGAAGAGUAGGAAGCCUACCACCCUAAAAGAUACCACCACGCAAGAUGACGAGGAGAGGAAGAAGCAGGCCGCUAUGCCGCCGCCCCCAACCGGUCGCCUUAUACAUCCCGUUGGAUACAAAACAAACCCCCCACCUGUUGGGCGCACCAUCAGAGUUUAUGCUGAUGGAGUCUUUGAUUUAUUUCAUCUCGGUCAUAUGCGUCAGCUUGAGCAGGCUAAGAAGGCGUUUGACGACGUCUACCUAAUAGUUGGUGUUACAGGCGACGAGGAGACGCAUAAACGCAAGGGUUUAACGGUUCUUUCGGGCAAGGAGCGUGCUGAGACCCUCAGGCACUGCAAGUGGGUUGACGAGGUUGUCGAGAACUGCCCUUGGAUUGUAACGCCAGAAUUCCUAGAGAAGCACCGGAUCGAUUAUGUUGCUCACGAUGACAUUCCCUAUGGAGCCGAUGAAGGCGAUGAUAUUUAUGCUCCUAUCAAGAAGGCUGGAAAAUUCUUAGUGACGCAGCGAACUGAGGGCGUAAGCACAACGGGCAUCAUCACAAAGAUCGUCCGAGACUACGAGAAAUACAUUGUUCGUCAACUGAAGCGAGGGACAUCUCGCCAGGAGCUUAAUGUGAGCUGGCUCAAGAAGAACGAGCUCGAAAUCAAACGGCAUGUCCAGGAUCUGCGUGAUAACAUCAGAGCAAACUGGACUACGACAGGCCAAGAGCUGAGCCGUGAGCUCCGUCAGUAUUGGCCCGCAAGUCGACCUCAAAGCCCAGCACCGGGUAGUCGCUUCACUUUCCCUACCACUCCAAGCGCGAAUGGCGAUAGUAGUUUACGAGAAACCGCUACCAUGGCUGCCGCUGCUAAAUCCCCCACUACCCCUGGCCCACCAUCAGGAGAGAGAGCCCCGGCUCCUAACGACUUUAUUACCGGUUAUACUCUUGGUUUAAUUGGUGGUGUAAGGUCUUGGAUGACCAAGAACCGCCGCAACCUUCGUGAUAGUCGGCCGCCAAGCGACGACGACUCAGAGAGUGACGACAAGAAUAAUAACAACAACCAUAACGACGACCGGAGGCGGGUAGUUGCGUCCGCCAGUUAGUUACUAAGACCGUUAGCCCGCCUUAGCGUCGGCGGGGAAUACACGAAGCCGUACGAGGGAGAUAGUCAAUUUGGGUCCGAGGACGAAGGGGACGACGAGAGCCACUAAGUGACCAAGAAAAAUAUCCCUAUCUUUUUGGACGAUCCGGGUAAAAACUAUAUCGGGGAAUACAAAAAAGUGCAAUAAUUACGAACGAAACGGCGUUAUUGUUGUUGAUGUUGUUUUCUUAUGGGCCUUUUUAUUUAUUUAUUUCAUCUUUUUUUUGCAUGCAUUUUUCUGACACCGUAAAUAAGAUUGUGAGAGAGGCCGGUGAAAGUCGGAGAGAUGGAUGAUUGAUUGAUGGGCGGAUCAAAACGAACCUCGCUGCUUUACGUUAGGUAUGUCAUGUCAUGUCAACCCCAAGCUUUGAUAUUAGAUAAUUCCUAGCAUGAAAAUAUCCGUGAUGAAUAUGGUUUAUGGGUAUUGUGUUUGUUGAUUACUUAGGUAUAUGUGGUGUGCUUGCUUGAGUGGUUGUGAAGAUGAUAUGAUGAGUGGAUGAGUCUUGGGACUGUGUUGUAGAUGUACCUGUAUAUACCCCUAUUUUCUAUUUCUGCGGAAGGUUACCAAUUCCAUGGGAAUGUUUCGCGUUGGCGGUGUUUUUCAACUUUGUUUUACACAGUUGUUAGAUUCAGACAAUUGAGAUUUGACGUUGGGUUUUU